CUUCCCGUGUCAACAUACACGAGUGCAAUAUUCGCUACGAUGGGAUACACGACUUCCCCGUCAAUUUAUUUAUAGAUUUGAUCAGUGAUUGUCUGUUCAACAUGGAGCAUCAACCUCUGUGGGCUGCGUGUGUCGCAAUUAUCGUAUUCUACGCGUCUAGUUUAAUCUUGGAAGGCCAUGCUCUCCCUGACGAUGAGCCAAAUCCUAAGUUUGUCCCUGUUGACAGCAAGCAGAUCGAAGAGUUAUUGGCCAGUUCUAAUGACAGUCAGUCGAAUGUUACCAGUCCCAAUACCACAACUACUUCUACCACCACUCACCAGACCACCACUACGCCCGAGGAGGCCGCCUUCCUCCCCGACGCUGGGGCAGCCGAGGAGGAGCAUAGCAGCAGCCUCACAUUGUUUUUUAUCAUUAUUGUUGUUGUACUUGCCAUAUUGAUUGUACACAUGUUACUGGCCACCAAGUUUUACUACCUACCUGAGAGUAUCGCUGUCAUCCUACUUGGUGCACUAAUAGGCCUUGUAUUGAAGAUAUUUAAAGCUGGAAACUGGAGGAAUGAAGAAGCCUUCAGUCCUACGAUGUUUUUCAUUGUGUUGUUGCCACCAAUUAUAUUUGAAUCAGGCUAUAAUUUACAUAAGGGAAACUUUUUCCAGAACAUUGGUUCCAUUCUGAUCUUCGCUAUAUUUGGGACAGUGAUAUCUGCCCUGAUUGUGGGAGGCGGCAUAUACCUUCUAGGACGGGCCAAGAUAGCAUAUGAGCUGGACUUGGUGGAGAGCUUUGCUUUUGGUUCCCUGAUCUCAGCAGUGGACCCUGUAGCCACUCUAGCCAUCUUCCAUGCUCUGGACGUCGACCCUAUCCUCUACAUGUUGGUGUUUGGGGAGAGUGUUCUAAAUGAUGCUGUGUCUAUAGUUCUCACAAAAACAAUAUUGGAGUUCAGUCAGCCUGGUGUUGUAGUAACCAGCGGUGUUCAUGCCUUUUUCUCUGCUGUGGGGCGAUUCUGUGUGAUGUUCCUGGCCUCCUCAGCCAUUGGUCUGGCCUUCGGCAUUGUCAGUGCUAUGUUGUUGAAGUUUAUUGAUUUGAGGAAGACACCGUCCUUGGAGUUUGGUAUAAUGCUGACGUUUUCUUACCUUCCCUAUGUCCUGGCUGAGGGGAUUCACCUCUCGGGUAUAAUGGCCAUUCUUAUGUGUGGUAUUGUGAUGUCCCACUAUACCCAUCUGAACCUGUCACCAGUGACACAGAUCACAACCCAACAGACGUUCAGAACCAUCGCCUUCAUGGCAGAGACCUGUGUGUUUGCCUACCUGGGUCUGGCAUUUUUCAGUUUCAAGCUCAUAGUGAAACCUGCCUUUGUGAUAUGGAGCAUUGUUCUGAUUUUAAUUGGUCGAGCUCUGAAUAUAUUUCCUUUGUCCUUCUUGCUCAAUUACUUCCGAGAACACAAAAUUACACGAAGGAUGCAGUUUAUCAUGUGGUUCAGUGGGCUACGUGGCGCUAUUGCAUUUGCCUUGAGCCUCCACUUGGAAUUUUCCCCAGAGAAGCGCUACGUUUUAGUUACCGCAACUCUGAUCAUCGUUCUCUUCACCGUCAUGUUCCUAGGAGGGGCCACUAUGCCGAUGAUGAAGCUACUUAAUGCUAACAAGAAAAAGAAAAAGAAGAGCAAAACUGGUGUGGAGGUAUCACUUAGUAAAACAAGGGAAAUGGGUGAUGCCGUAGACUCGGAACUUUUGUCAGAGUUAACGGAGGAGGAGUAUGAAGUCAGUUUUACAAGCAAACCUCAUCUCAAGGGAUUUCUCAAGAUUGAUGUUAAAUACCUGAUACCUUUUUUCACAAGACGCUUCACCCAGCAGGAGGUGCGUGAGGGGAAAACACAGAUGGAUUAUCUCACCAACCAGUGGUCUAAGGAUGUGAGGGCAGCACCCUCCGAGUCUGAUUCAGAUGAUGAGGUCGAGACUAGUCUUAUCACCCGUGAGGAGGUGCGGCAUCACUAGUUGGUGGCAUCGAGCCAAGUGUGGCAUCACAUAGGGGUGGUAGCAAUGGUGGACAAUAACGGCUAUGAGAUGUGGCAUCAUUUAAGACGUGGCAUCAACCACUGAGGAUGUGCUGCAUUAUUAGGGGAGGUGAUAUCCACCAUGUGGUUGGUAUCAUUAAAGGGUUGCCAUCUUUAUAGAUAUUAUAUGUACUUUUCAUUGAAUUUGUGUGCAAGAGACAGAUGCAAUCUCUAGAAAAUACUGGUGGCAUGUAGUUCUGUGGUGUGGCAAGCAUCAUACGUUGUAUAUGAUGAGUGUUGAGAGGGUUGUAUAUAUGUGACACAGUUUGAAAGGUAAGCCUGUGCUGUAUGAUAGUAUUUCAGUAAGCUACAUGUACCAAUGUCAAUGAUACAUCUUUGUGAUAUGUAUUACCAGGAAAUAAGUGGAUUCGUCAAAGUGUCUGAGGUCUCUGUCCACAUGUCCUGUUUGGUCUAGUGAUUGGUCCAGUGAUUGGUCCCAGUGAUUGGUCCAGUGAUUAGUCCCAGUGAUUGGUCCCAGUGAUUGGUCCAGUGAUUAGUCCCAGUGAUUGGUCCCAGUGAUUGGUCCCAGUGAUUGGUCCAGUGAUUAGUCCCAGUGAUUGGUCCCAGUGAUUGGUCCCAGUGAUUGGUCCCAGUGAUUGGUCCAAAUGUCCUGUUCUAGCUUGGUCCCAGUGAUUGUCUCAGUGAUUGGUCCAGUGAUUGGUCCAGUGAUUGGCCCAAAUGUCCUGUCCCAGUGAUUGGUCCUGUUCUAGCUUGGUCCUAGUGAUUGGUCCAGUGAUUGGUCCAGUGAUUGGUCCCAGUGAUUGGUCCAAAUGUCCUCUUCCAGCUUGGUCCCAGUGAUUGGUCCAGUGAUUGGUCCAAAUGUCCUGUCCCAGUGAUUGGUCCUGUUCUAGCUUGGUCCUAGUGAUUGGUCCAGUGAUUGGUCCCAGUGAUUGGUCCAAAUGUCCUCUUCCAGCUUGGUCCCAGUGAUUGGUCCAGCGAUUGGUCCAGUGAUUGGUCCCAGUGAUUGGUCCCAGUGAUUGGUCCAAAUGUCCUCUUCCAGCUUGGUCCCAGUGAUUGGUCUCAGUGAUUGGUCCAGCGAUUGGUCCAGUGAUUGGUCCACAUGUCCUGUUCCAACUUGGUCCCAGUGAUUGGUCGAAGUGAUUGGUCUCAGUGAUUGGUCCAGUGAUUGGUCCACAUGUCCUGUUCCAGCUUGGUCCGAGUGAUUGGUCUCAGUGAUUGGUCCAGCGAUUGGUCCAGUGAUUGGUCCACAUGUCCUGUUCCAACUUGGUCCCAGUGAUUGGUCCAGUGAUUGACCCAUAUUUGAUUACAUUUUGUUGAUAAUCUACACAACAUUAGCCCAAUUUGAAUGUAAAUAUUUCCGGUUGUAUAAAGGUUCUGUUAGUUUACAGUUUCACCGAAGCUGGAGCUGAUUCUACAUUAGAACUACUAACUUAUUGCAUAACAGUGCUGUUAAAUGUUUGGUAGCUGAGUAUAUACCAGUGACAUGCUGGGUGCUGAGGUACUUACACUUUAAGAAAGGUGCAUCUUUUACUUUUUAUGCUAUCGAUAUACAAAUGCAGUGCAACGUUUAGCUGGCUUUUUUUGUAAAUGUGCAGUAUAUAGUAAAAUCAAGCAAAAACCAGUAUCAUAUAAAUUGAUGUGGUAUAUUAAGUUUGUGUCUUUUGAAAAAAGAUAACCACAUUGACUUUCCACAUUUACAUUGCAAUACAUGAUUUUAUAAUCAGAUACAAUAUCCAUUGAUUUAGAUUCAUGCAUCCCUGAGGUCAGAUACUGGUAUCCCAAAUAUUAGAUACAGGUAUCCUUAAUGUCAGAUACAUGUAUCCUUAAUGUCAGAUACAGGUAUCCCGAGGUCAGAUACAGGUACUCUGAUGUCAGAUACAAUAUCCAUGGAUUUAGAUACAGGUAUCCCUGAUGUCAGAUACAGGUAUCCCGAGGUCAGAUACAGGUACUCUGAUGUCAGAUACAGGUAUCCAUGAGGUCAGAUAAAUGUAUCCCUGAUGUCCGAUACAGGUAUCCCUGAUGUCAGAUACAGGUAUCCAUGAGGUCAGAUACAGGUAUCCUGAGGUCAGAUACAGGUACUCUGAUGUCAGAUACAAUAUCCAUGAGGUCAGAUAAAUGUAUCCCCGAUGUCGGAUACAGGUAUCCCUAAUGUCAGAUACAGGUAUCCAUGAGGUCAGAUAAAUGUAUCCCCGAUGUCGGAUACAGGUAUCCAUGAGGUCAGAUACAGGUAUCCCCAAUAUCAGAUACAGGUAUCCCCGAUAUCAGAUACAGGUAUCCCUGAUGUCCGAUACAGGUAUCCCUAAUGUCGGAUACAGGUAUCCCUAAUGUCAGAUACAGGUAUCCCUAAUGUCAGAUACAGGUAUCCAUGAGGUCAGAUACAGGUAUCCAUGAGGUCAGAUACAGGUAUCCCUAAUGUCAGAUACAAUAUCCCUAAUGUCAGAUACAGGUAUCCCUAAUGUCGGAUACAGGUAUCCCUAAUGUCAGAUACAGGUAUCCAUGAGGUCAGAUACAGGUAUCCAUGAGGUCAGAUACAGGUAUCCCUAAUGUCGGAUACAGGUAUCCCUAAUGUCAGAUACAGGUAUCCCUGAUGUCGGAUACAGGUAUCCCUAAUGUCAGAUACAGGUAUCCCUGAUGUCGGAUACAGGUAUCCCUAAUGUCAGAUACAGGUAUCCCCGAUAUCAGAUACAGGUUUCUGUUUUGACAAAAACUUUAUCAUGUUUUUUUUCAUUUGUUGGUUGUAUACAUUUGAUUUCUCACAAUAUUAGAUUAGUCAUUCAUGUAGAGAUGUUAGUAUUUUUGCUAAUAUGUAUUGUCACUUUACAAAUGAAGCCAUAUUUUUGCUACAAAGUUUGUGCAUGUUUUAAUGAGAAUAUUUACUGUGUUGGUAAUAAUUAUUCCUGUGUUUCUGUAUGUUUCCAAACCUUAACUACUUACAUGUCUGAUAUCAUUUCUCUCCUGUGAUAUUGUGUUCAAAUCAAAUUAGAUAGCAAAUGGAUUACAUACCAGUUUGUUACCCUCAUUCUGAUUGACCAGUUCCCAUAUGAUUUGUAUGUUACAGUCUUUCUGAUUGGUGGAUUUGCAUGAAUUAUCUUGUAGCUUUUGAGUUGCUAGAAUGUCAUAUAUACCUCUUACUUUCCAAGGAGGUAAUUAUACCGAGAUUUAUUUCCGUAUUAUUUAUACUGAUGUGUAAUUCAGUUGUGAAUGUCUCACAAUGAGAUUUGUUUAGUUAUGUUACUGUACUCCCCAAUUUAAACUCAUGUUGGAUUCAAAUGUAACACUAUCAUAGUCAUUAAAGUGACUAUAGCUGUAAAAAUCAGUUGGAAAAUUAUCAGACAGUACAUUUUAGAGAUGUAUCAUAAAUCUACGGCUUUCCCUCAGUUAUGGAAAAUUUAAUUAAAGUGUCCAUGGUCUGUAAAUACCAAACUCAGUGCCAAACAAUAACAUUACAGUUUGGUAUGUCCUUCAGGAAUGUGUUACUGAUUGUAUACAGAAUGCUUUGUGAUCUCAUUGCUGACAUCCUCAUGACUCCAUUUGGCUUUCUCUGGGCAGCAAACAUCAGGUGAGGUAAAUAAAACCAAAAACAUAAAUUUAUAGAGCAUGUCUUAGCUUGUGUAUAGGUAUAGAGCAUAUCUUGGCUUGUGUAUAGGUAUAGAGCAUAUCUUGGCUUGUGUAUAGGUAUAUCUUAAACCCAUUUCACUAUUUAUACGAAGAGAUUACUGUUCUGAAUUACAGUUAUAGUCACUUUAAGAUUUAUUGAGGGUUGACACAAAGGUUUUAUUAUAUGAUCUCAGAGGAAUUUUGUUUUCCUCACUUUGUAACUCUGAGGUACAGCGAUGGAGUGAGGGAUGUAUACAGCGAUGGAGUGAAGGAUGUAUUAUAUAUAAAACAUCUGUAUGUACGGUUUGUUUCACCCUGGGUUCUGUUUUAUUACAUAUCUUUUGUUAUAUUUGUUUAUGUGGGGAUUUAUUUGUUUGGGAUAUUGUUAUAUAUUACAUGUGUACGUCCAGUAUUUAACAUUGUAUUUCUGUACAGAAUCCGUCUGUUAAUCCGGUUAUCAUGUAACAGUUAUAUACUGGUGAGUUACUGGUGAGUUAAGUACCGACCCCCAUCAGGGUUGUCUCCCUUGUAAAUAGUACAUCAGGGUGCUGAAUAAAAACUGCAAUAUAUGUGAUACAUCAUUGUAUAUGUAGAACCCUAAAUCAAUCCUACAGAGACCACAGUUGUGUAAGGAUACUUACUUGAAAAGAUAAAAUCUGAAGUCUGUUUAAGAACUUAAGUUUUGGUUUAAAUUUGAGUACUCCGUAGGCAUGACUACUGGGAAAAUUACUUCUUGUUUACUUGUGAAUUUUACUGUCUACAAAAUUUGAUCUUGUUCACUCAUCCAUAGGACCUAAAAUCUACAAACUCAUUCACGCAUAGGAACUACAAACUCACUCACCCAUAAGGCCCUCAAACUACAAACUGACUCACCCAGAGGACCUACACACUACAAGUUAAUUCACUGAUAGGGCCCUCAAACUGAUUCACCCAGAGGACCUACACACUACAAGUUAAUUCACUGAUAGGGCCUACACACUACAAGUUAAUUCACUGAUAGGUCCUACACACUACAAGUUAAUUCACUGAUAGGGCCUACACACUACAAGUUAAUUCACUGAUAGGGCCUACACACUACAAGUUAAUUCACUGAUAGGUCCUACACACUACAAGUUAAUUCACUGAUAGGGCCUACACACUACAAGUUAAUUCACUGAUAGGUCCUACACACUACAAGUUAAUUCACUGAUAGGGCCUACACACUACAAGUUAAUUCACUGAUAGGGCCUACAAACUCACUCACCCAGAGGACCUACACACUACAAGUUAAUUCACUGAUAGGGCCUACAAACUCACUCACCCAGAGGACCUACACACUACAAGUUAAUUCACUGAUAGGGCCUACACACUACAAGUUAAUUCACUGAUAGGGCCUACACACUACAAGUUAAUUCACUGAUAGGUCCUACACACUACAAGUUAAUUCACUGAUAGGGCCUACACACUACAAGUUGAUUCACUGAUAGGGCCUACAAACUCACUCACCUAAAGAAACUACAAUCUCAUUUACCCAUAUAGACCGUGUCCUACGAGUUCAUUCACCCAUAUAGACCGUGUCCUACGAGUUCAUUCACCCAUAUGACAUACAAUUUGCAAACAUAUUCAUCCAUAGGUCCUACAAACUCAUUCACCCAUAAAACCUUGACUUAAAACUCACCCAACCAUAGACUUUGUCCUACAAACUCAUUCACUGAAGGUACUUACAAAUUCACCCAUAGGAUGUACAAUAUCAUUCACCCAUAUAUAGAACCUACAAACUCAUUCACCCAUAGGACCUACAAAUUCAUUCACCAGUAGGACCUACAAACUCAUUCACCCAUAGAACCUACAAACUCAUUCACUCAUAGGACCUACUCUCAGUCACCCAUAGAACCUACAAACUCAUUCACUCAUAGGACCUACUCUCAGUCACCCAUAGUACCUACAAACUCACUCACCCAUAAUACCUACAAAUUCAUUCACCCAUAGGACCUACAAACUCAUUCACUCAUAGGACCUACUCUCAGUCACCCAUAGUACCUACAAACUCACUCACCCAUAGUACCUACAAACUCACUCACCCAUAGUACCUACAAACUCACUCACCCAUAGAACCUACAAACUCACUCACCCAUAGUACCUACAAAUUCAUUCACCCAUAGGACCUACAAACUCAUUCACCCAUAGGACCUACAAACUCAUUCACUCAUAGGACCUACAAACUCACUCACCCAUAGUAUGUACCUCCAAACUCAUUCACUCAUAGUACCUACAAACUCACUCGCCCAUAUAAUGUACCUACAAACUCACUCACCCAUAGUACCUACAAAUUCAUUCACCCAUAGGACCUACAACCUCAUUCACCCAUAGGACCUACUCUGUCACCCUAGGACCUACUCUGUCACCCAUAGGACCUACCCUGUCACCCUAAGACCUACUAUCAUAUACCCUUAGGAUAUACAUUGUUUGUUCCAUAUGAUAAGAUAAGUUUAUGAUUCUGUGUGUUUUGUAUAUCAAAAUGGUAAACUUUGUAUAGUGUAAUAGCUGAUUUCCUGUAGAAUGUGUCUUAUUUUAUCUUGAACUGUAUUAAAGUAGUGAUACAGUUAUUGAUCCAGAGUUUUAAUCCAUUGUAGGGUCUAAUCCUGAAGAAAUAUUUAUUGAUGCUUUGUACUAGUGAGAAAUCUUUUACAGACAGAAUCACCAUUGAUUAACAGUUUCCUGUUGAUCAUCAGAUUAGAUUGCUGAAAGACUAGAAAGAUACGAGUGACAAAUACGCCACAUCAUUACGUAUUGGUAAAAUGGCUAAAAUGAUUUUUUAAUUUUUUAACAAAUUAGCAUUAUAGAUUAGUUGUAGGCCAUUUGUCAUUCAGCACCAGAUUCCUGCUAGCCAACCUUUAGGAAUUCCAUGGGGAGAUUGUGCUUGUUCAAACUUUCAAGCUACUGAACAUUUCAAGACCACCUCUUGAAUACCAAAUGUGUAAAAUUAAUUUUUAAAUCUGUUCUUUUUGUAGACUAGCUUGAUUUGUAAAAUUCCAAAAAAUUGAGAUAUUUUACUGGUAAUUUACUCUUUAGGGCAAUAGUCAAAAAUUGAGUCUCCCGCCUAAAUAGGGAGGGCUAGCAUGUAUGCUGCUAGGUGUAAAUUGUAAACAUAAAAUGGCAUAUAACUUGUAGCAUAGUAUUCUAGUCAUACUAAUGUUCAGUUUAUAAAUACAAUAGUUAUGUAUAUGUGAAUAUUUCUGUAUUUAUAUGUCAUUGUUUUCCAGAACAAUGGAUUUUGCUCAUAGUGUUAAUCUGACACAGCUAAAUAAAUAUCUUCCUGAUACUGACAUGUGACAUUAAUCACCUUAUUACUUCCAUGUUUCCUGAUUCAAACUUUUACUCUUAAAUUGCGAGUUUAAAUAAGGUUUACUCCCCUAAAGCUGAAUGGUAAGCGUGCUUUUAAAUUCUUUUAUCACUUGUUUUUCACUAAAUUUCUCUACAAUGUAUAGAUAAUGAAUAUUUUUGUAUUAGAGGGUCAAUCAACAACACAAACUGAUGUACUGAUGUUCUGUGUUUACUACUUUAAAUUGUAAAAUACAUCGGCCGAUUGGUUUCUCCCACAGGGUUAUGUAUCACACGAAUCAAAGGUCAAGGUGACUGGUGAUAUAUGUAUCUGUAUCACACGAAUCAAAGGUCAAGGUGACUGGUGAUAUAUGUAUCUGUAUCGCACGAAUCAAAGGUCAAGGUGACUGGUGAUAUAUGUAUCUGUAUCACACGAACCAAAGGUCAAGGUGACUGGUGAUAUAUGUAUCUGUAUCACACGAAUCAAAGGUCAAGGUGGCUGGUGAUAUAUGUAUCUGUAUCACACGAAACCAAGGUCAAGGUGACUGGUGAUAUAUAUAUCUACCACACGAAUGAAAGGUCAAUGUGACUUGUGAUAUAUAUACAUGUAUAUAUAUGUACCACACUUAUCAAAGGUCAAGGUUGUCGAGUUAUUGUAUCGUUCAUAGUCAAACAACCGCAAAGGUGAAGGUCAGUAUGUCUCGUACCUGAAAACAAAUUACCUGGUAAAAAAUAGAUUUCAUUACUUGUGGAUACUGUCUAGGUGGUAGUGUUGACCCCUGGUUAAAUUCACAAAAGUAUAUAGCUCAUGGGUUGAAUUACUUGACAAUGAUAUUAAAAAUAGAAUCAAAAUGUUUUCACCUUUUGCCUUUGUGUACCUUAUAAUUGUGGGUUUAAGGCCUGUCACACCUAAUCAAUUUGACUUGCCAUAGCUUAACUAUAGCACACCUUUUGAGAUUUCAGGGCCAGCCAAACUCUUGCAUGAGAGUUUAGAUAUCACUAUCCAUGUAACACCUAUAUUUGAUAAUUUUGCUUAAAUACUUCAAAUUAAAGUAACAAAUUUAAUUUGUUGUGAAAUCUAUUCAUUGGGCCAUUAGCAAUGUUUCAUGAAAUGUGCCUUGAAAUGUAUGACGUUAUCAAGUUUCAAAAUGGUUAGGCUACAUAAAAUGACCAUGCUUCUCUACUGUGAGUCGUGUAUACCACAUACCAGUUGUCUUUCCUCUAACCCGUGCGAGAUGGAGUUCCUAGUUUUCCUCUAACCCGUGCGAGAUGGAGUUCCUAGUUUUCCUCUAACCCGUGCGAGAUGGAGUUCCUAGUAACCACGGUAUCAUCCUGUUAAAUAUGCGAGAAUCUGUCUUUAGGUAGGACAUAGAACACGGUAUCACAGCAGGAAUGCUGGUACUUAUACUGGUAUUACUUAUGGCAGAUUGUUAAUGGUUUUUAUAGUCCUGGUACUUUGGUGUGACAGGCCGUUUAGUUUUGUUGGUAGUUAUAUAGGAAUGAAAGCAUGGAUCAGUAACAUAUCACAGUUUGGGAGUAUAUCUAUUUAUCUCACCUAUAAUGUACCUAGUAUUCAUGAUCACAUACACCAAACAUAUCAGGAUAAUGUAUGUAGUAUUCACACACACCACACAUAUCAGGAUAAUGUAUCUAGUAUUCACACACACCAAACAUAUCAGGAUAAUGUAUGUAGUAUUCACACACACCACCAUAUUAGGAUAAUGUAAGUAGUAUUCACACACCAAACAUAUUAGGAUCAUGUAUGUAGUAUUCACACACACCAAACAUAUUAGGAUAAUGUACCUAGUAUUCACACACCAAACAUAUUAGGAUAAUGUACCUAGUAUUCACACACCAAACAUAUUAGGAUAAUGUACCCAGUAUUCACACACACCAAACAUAUUAGGAUAAUGUAUGUAGUAUUCACACACACCAAACAUAUUAGGAUAAUGUAAGUAGUAUCACAUACACCAAACAUAUUAGGAUAAUGUAGCAGCCAAUUAAUGAAAACAAGGAUGUAAAUAUGAGUGAACUUGAUAAGUUGAAAUUCCAAGGCUUUCCUGAGUGUCCAUAAUUAAUAAUCCACUAUGCUGUGAAAUGUGAUAUCCUUGAGGACCAAUAAACUGAAACUUUUCUAAAGCUUG